UUUGUAAGAUUUUGAUGAAAUUUGAGUGUUGUUUACUUAAUCUAAUUAUUGUAAAGUAGUUGAUUCGUUGAUGAUGGUUUUCAUACAUGCCUUGUAAUUUCAUAUUGACCAUUUAAUCAACUCGAAAAGUAUAUUUUGGUAUUUGGGUUUGGGGCAUGUUGGAUACAUGUAUUCCUAUAUUAGUUCAGUUCAAUUUCAUUCAAUUCAAUUCGAAAUACGUUAUCCUUAAAAAGGCAAUUACAUGUACAUAUAGUUGGACAGCUCACUAUAAGGACACUAUAAGUAAGUAAAUAUAUGAAAUUGUAAACAAUUACAAACUACAUGUACUCAUAUCUAGAUUAAGUUGCUUAAAAUUCUUUGGUAAUUAUUGUUUCUUUUGUAAUUGACUUUGUUGGGUUGGAAUUUUCUAAAGCAUUGCAUUUGAUGAAAAUUAUUUCAUCUUUUCAGUAUUCCUAAGAUGCAGUUACGCCAUAAAAAGAACACGGAACAGACGUAUCCAUCCUAUAUAUCCUAGGUAUGUCGCAUUUUUCAGGUGUUGCAUAUUAUUUUUUAAAAAUGGACCAAAUUGUUCAUUCGUAGCAAGGCAAAAGCUAGUUUAUUCCACAUGACAUGCAAAAUCUGCCGAUGUUAAUUUUUUUUUAAAAGGUGAAAAUGCAACAUAACAUUAAAAGUUUUCAGCGGCUGGUUUAAAAACGCAACAUUUCAAAAAUACAAUUUCAAAAUAAACGAACUUUUUGUAGCGGCGGCAUGGUCUAAAACCAACUCUUGACAUGGCGCGUGCGAAGCCUCGGAGCCGGCACUUUGAGAGGUCGCCCACCAGUGAUGGUGGGAAGUAUGCAUGUGCUACUUUUUUCAGCAUGAUUUUUCUAUUUAAGCAGCCUGGGGACGUACGUGAGCUUAGACCCGCCCCGCCGAUCUUUACAGAGAGGUGGAGAGAGUGGUUCUGCCAGACAAUCUUUGUCUUACUCUUGGACAGUCUUCCAGACGUUCAAGUGCUGGCUUUAGACAAGUGGUUAUAACUUGCACACUACGUAUAUAUUGCAGUUCAUGCGAGUCUUAUUGUAGGUGGAUGUUGCCACUUGAAAUCAGGAAUACGAUGUAGUUAAAAUCUCAAUGUAAUUCUACAUUAUUUUUUUACAAGUACGCUUAUUCCCCCACCCGAAAAUUUGGUUCUUGAUGUUGGCUCCUCUCUUUGCAUGGACUCCGCACGCUAUGUGUCUCUCUCUAGAUCUAGAGAUCUCCCCUGCACCGCGCGCGAAGCUCCAUAUCUACUGUUGAUGAACAUAGUUCGUUCUGGCAUGGAGCUAUAAAACACAAGGCAACAUUUUUGGCAACACUUCAAGUGAACUUUGAUCAGUCGACAUCGCAAUAUAAAUCAUCAUUGCCAGAUACUGAUGGUACACUGAUUGCAGUGGGUGUAGACAGUUUAGUACACGUAGGCCUACGUCUAUCAUUCAUUGACUAUUAUACAUGGCCAACUGAGCCCGGCCAGAAAUAAUUCCCAGCCUCAACCACGCCCAUCUGGAUUGAGAAGUUCAUGGUUUAGGUUCGACUGAAAGGUUGAAAAUGGGGAACAAAUUAGAACAUCCGUCGGUGGAGCUUCCCCCGGAGAAGCUGGUGAUGGUCACAGGUGGAAACACUGGGAUUGGAUAUGAAACGGCAAAGUCCAUUGCGAAGAUGGGAGCAAGAGUGUGCAUUACAAGUCGCUCAGAGGACAAAGCUAAAGCUGCAAUCGAGCGAAUGCAGACAGAACAUCGAGAUGAAAUGCAGCAGAGAAGUCAUGGGCAGGCGUCAUCUCCAUCCACCAGUGAAGAGAUCAAGCCACUGAAUGUGGAGUACAUCAUAGUGGAUCUCGCCUCGUUGCAAUCCACCAUGGACUUCAUUCAGAAGACCAAGGAGAGGAUGCAGUACCUUAAUAUCUUGGUCUGCAAUGCUGGCAUUGCCUUUGUCAAACAAGAAUACACAGAGGAUAAAUACGAGUCGCAAUUCCAAGUCAACUACCUGUCACAGCUCCUCAUUGUGCUGCAUCUCAUGCCGCUGCUGCGGGCUGGUGCCCCCGACUCCCGCAUUGUUCUCCUGUCAUCAGACGCGCAUAAAAGUGGGAAACUAGACCUGGACAACAUGCAGGGCCCCAAAUCCUUCAGUCGGCUUACAGCCUACGCCUCAUCCAAGGCCUACAUGGUCAUGGCAGCACACUUUCUUGCUCGGAGACUGGAAGGGACCGAAGUGAGCACUUUCUCUAUUGAUCCUGGACUUGUGGACACGAAUAUUAUGAAUAACUUCAGUGAUUUGAAACUGAUGAGCUUUUUCGUUGGAGCUUAUAAAAAAUUUGGUAUGAUGCGUACUCCGAAACAGGGGGCUGCUACAAGUGUCGUGGCCUGUGUUGAUCCAAGCCUUCGUGGGAAAACUGCAGUGUUCAUGAAGAAUUGUCGACCUGCUAACCCUGCAACCUUCUGUUGGGAUGGCAAAAAACAGGAGGACCUUUGGGGUUACAGUCUUGGAUGUCUCAACCAGUUCAUCUCUGAUGGUGUGCUCAAAGAAGCCUUCCCAUCAGCGAGGCCAGAUCUGCUGACCAUUCCCAAGGACACAAGGACAGUCGAAGAGAAGAUUGCUGAUGAUUCAGGGAAGAAAGAAGGGAGUUCAGAUGACAAAGAGAUGGGAAACAAAUCCAAAGGAGGAGAGGCAUCUUUGGAGAGGAAGCAGGAUGAGGAGCAACCAGAGAUAGAGUCUUCAUCUGGAGCUACAGAGGUACCCUCUGAAAAAGUCAAGGCAUCGCAGGAACCAUAUGGGGCUAAUUUAGAAGAAAAGAUACCUGAAGACACACUCAAAGAUGAAGACAACGAACCCAAGGCAUCCUCCAAACAGGAGCAGACAGAAGAGCAGCCGAAAAGAGAAUUACCAUCUGCAGCUGCAGAAUUACCCACUGAAAGGGUUAAGGCAGAGGAAAAACCCAGUGGGCAGGUUUCAGAGGAAAGGGGCGUGACAGAUAAUGCAGAAAAUAAGUAAUUAGCAGCUGAGAACUGCAGCAUCUUCAGAUAAUAAGCAGGUGUAGAACAACCAGAGAGGGAACCUUCAGCUCAGCCAGCUUCUGUAAUUGACCAGACAUCAGGAGAACCGAAGGCAGAUAAUGGGGAAAUCUGCAGGAGAUGAGGUGCAGAAGUUCAAGAAGGUGUACCGACCAAACUUGGCCAAAAAUUAUCAAAGUGGACUCCAUUAAAGAGAUUUGUGAUGAACUGAAAAUUUGGUGAAAUCUAAAUAAUAUUCAAAUUCACAAGGUUUAGGUGUAUAUUAAAGACCACAAGGUAUCGAAGAAAGAUUAAACCUUGGCAGAAACUGCCAGAGAGACUAUUUGGUCAUAGUACGUGAUGAGAUCUAGACUUGUAGAUAGUCCAGGCAAAAUACUUUAUUUUUGAAGUGAACCUCACACAAA